UCGCAGUAUUGAAAUCGUGGUGGUGGUUGUUGGUUGAAAUUCUGUUCUGCUUCCUCUUCAUAACGCUGAGAGAGCCAGUGAGCGUGCUCUCUUUUACUCUCCGAAGUAUUGGCUGGCUGUCAGUGUAUAUAGUUUGUGUAAAGAUUGAAAAGCGACAGCUAACGACAAAAACGACGCAUCGAUGUUGAUGCCACGCUACUCGGAUACGGAAAAUCAUCAAAGCCACGCCUCCAGCACCACCGUGGCCGCCCACACAAAGAUGCGACUGCUGAGCAAAGUGGAGCAAAACAUGCGCCAAAGUCAACAACAGCAACAGCAGCAGCAACAACACAACAUUCAACAACAUCAGAGCAUCAACAAGCUCAUCCACACAGCAGCCACUGGGAAUGGACUUGUGGGCGAUGUGGAUGAAUUGUUGAUGCCCAUGCGGCACAAGAUCGAACCGGGAGAUAAUAGCAUUGGCAGCAAUUCAUCCAGCAAGGAGGCGCAUUGUCGCCCCGAACGCAAUCUUUGGAGUCGCGCCGAGAUGCUGGAGAUGCUGAACAUUAUGCAACAGACGAAUGCGUUGGAUCAGCUGAACGAUCGCAAUGUGAAGAGCGAGUAUGUGUUUCGGCAGAUCGAGGAUAUGAUGCGCAGCAAGGGUUAUGUGAAGAAGUCGAGCAUACAGAUCUGGACGAAAUGGAAGUUUCUCAAGUCCACAUACAAUACGACCACCAGACAUGGCAACGGCAUACCCAAAGUGGUGCCCGAGGAAGUGUAUCGAGUGCUGUGUCGGAUGCUCAGCGAACACAGCCACAAUCUCAGCAAUAGCAGCAGCUCGAUGAAUGGCACAAAUGGUGGCAUUGGCAGCGAAUGCGGCAACUCCAUGGACAGCUCCAAUGCGGAGCUGAACAAGGCGGCAAGCGCCAGUGGUGGCGGCGGAGAUGCCAACGAUGAGCUGGAGCAUCCCAUAUUUGGCUUUCGAUUGGGCUUGGUCAAAGCGGAGCCCUUGGAUACGGGCUAUGAGACAAAUAUGAACUCCUCGGAGCAGGAAAUGGAAGAAAUCGGUGAUAGCAGUAGUCUGCAGCAUGUGCCGCAAAUGGAGCAUACGCCUUUUAUGGUGACGGUGAAGAAUGAACCCGACGUCGAUCUGGACAUGGAUGGCACCAAUACGCCGCCACCCACAGCGCCCACAUCGCCAUCGCCACCACCAAGUGCCAACGUGUCCACGUUAUCCAUACCGUUCACGCCACUGCGCGUUGCCUCCUUUGCCUCAUCCUCCACUCCUUCGCAUGGCGUACUGCAAAUCGAACGUCCGGCCAGCAUGAUGAAUCACAAUAACAAAGCCAACUUGACCGGCAAGCUGAAUCGCUCGAUGCCGCUGCAGAGCACGAGCAGCAUUAAUUUUGUGCAUCCGACCAGCAAACUGAUGCUGCCACGCAAACAACAGUUGCACCGGGAUUUGCGACUCCCACGGGAGAUUAGUUUGCAGCCAGCGACAGCAGCAGGAGUUGGCGGGAUGGCAACGCGCCCACUGAAAGCUGUGCCUAUGCGUGAGACGGGUUAUUCGCUGCGGCCGGAGCGUAUGAUACCCGAUCUCGAGCAAUCGAUAUCGCCACCACAGUCGCCUUCGCCGCCCAUGCAGCAACACCUCCAGCAGCAGCAGCCGCAGUCGUUGCCCAAAUAUGCUCCUCCACCCUUGCCGUAUCCCUCGACCAGUCGGCAUGCUCAGCAAUUUGGCAACGAGCAGCUGCAUCCGCUGCGCAAGCGUCGCCUCAAUUUACCUCAACAAUCCCCCGUGCCUGUCAAGCUGCAACGCAGCUCCACGCUCUACAGCAACAAGCCACACAACAGCAGCAGCAACCUGCGCUUGGACGAUGCGUCGCCAGCAGCUGAGGAACCAAAAGCUGCACAUAAAGUGCAGGCCGAAGAGCUGCAGCGUCGCAAGCAACAGCAAGAGGAACUCUUUAAGAAGGAACUGCAUGAGCUGGCAAAUGGUUUUCGCGAUGCGCAAAAGGAAAUGAUGGAGGAUUUCUUUCAGCAUCAGAAGCAGCUGGCGCGACGUGAACACGAUUUCCAGCUGCGUCAGGACAAUCUGGUGAUGAUGGCGCUGCGCAAGCAAACGGAUGCGCUGCUCAAUACAGCACGGCAACUGCUGCAGCCUUUGGAGCAGCCACAAACACAGCAGGAAGAAGUGAAGGAGGAGCAGGAGCAACAACAGCAGGAGGAGGAACAGCAACAGUCAGAGCAGAGGGAAACGGAGACUAACACUAGCAACCAAUUGGAGCAGUCAGAACAGCUGGAGGAGGAUCAUCAGCAACACAUGGAACUGGAAGGAGAAGCUGAAGAGGAUGAACACGAUGAUGCAGAAGACGACGCACAAUACAGUGAUGAGGAGGAGGAACAGAUGGACGACAUGCAAAGCGAGGAUGGAAUGCAGAUGAUGGUGGCUCCAACGCUCAGCGAAGUUGCCUCCUCCUAAGUGCAGUUAUUUAGUUUCCAAGUAUUAUUCACACACAAAAAAGAGCUACAAUUAUUUUACAUUAUUGCAUUCCCAAAAAAAAGAAACAUUCCUUAAUUUUUUUGAGAAGACAGCACUUGAAAGAAGAGCAAAUAUAUAUGUAAUAUAUGCAUAAUCCU